AAUUUUCUAAGAAAAUGCACCACUGGUAUGCAUGUGAUCCACUGAAGUUUAAAACAGAAGAAAUGUACAGAAGAAUGGAAACUAACAGUACAACUUGUAACUACCUGUAACUGCUGCAGUGGGAAAUGGGUCAGGUUUCCUCUCAACUAGAUCAAGAUAACAAAGUGCAUCUAAAUGGCUUCUACUAUGGCCUUAGCAAACUAAUGAUGAAAAGGAGGAGACUGUGGGAUUAUUCGUUUCAUCUUCCCUGGAUGAUGAACGGAGAGAUAUUCACUGCCACUUUGGUGCCAUCUGGGAAUGUGACACCAGAUUCUAGCAUGACCCUGGAACAGAAAACAACCUUUGCCUUUGUGAUUUUGUUAUUUAUUUUCUUGGGAAUCCUCAUCAUUCGUUGCUUCCGCAUUCUGCUUGACCCCUACCAAAGUAUGCCAACCUCAACCUGGGCUGAUGGACUUGAUGGGCUGGAGAAAGGCCAGUUUGAUUAUGCUCUUGCUUAGAGACUGAGAAUUAUGGAGGGUUAUUUAGCACAGCAAUAACGAAAUACAAUUUCUGGAAUGUCUGUUUAUUUUGCUUUUGUGUUUCAUUAUAUCAAAUGUUAGGAAUUAUAAUAUACAAAUGUGCACAAAAAUUGAUUUAUUCUUUUUUAAAUUAAAUCUCAAAGCAAGUUAACUUUGUGAAAGCAGAUUAGUGAAUCUCCUCGUAGGAAAAAGAGGGGUGUUGCAUUAGCAGAAUUUUACUUCAGAACACAUUGAAACAAUAUGUAAUAUAUGUGAUCUCAUAUAACUGA